ACAAGUAUAUAUUUCGGCAAAUACCACGUACUUUUAAAUUAAAUAAAAUGAGCUCCGAACGUCCUUUGUACACAAUGUUAGCCGUUUUAUUCGAAGAAAGUUCUGGAUUAGGAUGCAACGAUGUGUUCUUUUGCAUGUGAUUUGCAAAUGUUACUUAUCUCUAGUGGUUUAGUGUUGACGAGCUAACUUAUUAGCUAGCCUGCAUUAUACAAUUGCAAUUCUGGUUAGCCAAUGCUAACGUUAGAUGCGCAAUAUUUGAUUGCUUACGAUCACAUUUGUUAAGGAAUUUUAAAGAAAAGGAUAAACACGUUUGAACAAUCAAGCAUGGACCAAAUAACGAAGGAAUAUGGUAUCAAGUUUCCGAGUCUCGGAGCUGCAGGUGUUAUUGGGCUUUGCCGGACAUAACAAGAGUGGCCGCAAGCAUGAACUACUACUGAGAGCCCUGCAUUUGUUAAAGAGUGGAUGCAGUCCAGUAGUGCAGAUCAAAAUCAAAGAACUGUAUCAACGCCGUUAUCCCAGGACAUUAGAAAGCCUUCCUGACUUUUCCUCGCUUAAGUCUUCCUUUAUUUCCCUUGAAAACGAGUCUUCACUGGUGGACGUGGACCUUUCCCUUAGAGCUGCGCACGCCCACGGUUCAAACCUGGAGUCCCAGCACUCUCUGACCUACAGUUCUGUCCUAUUGCACGAGACCAAGCACAGCAUCGACAUGCAGCAGUCUGCGCCUGCCAUCCCUCCUGUUCACCCCGAUGUGCAGUUGAAGUCUCUUCCUUUUUAUGAUGUCCUGGAUGUUCUCAUCAGGCCUUCAAGUCUGGGUGCCAGCAGCAUCCAGCGCUUCCAGGAGAAAUACUUCAUUUUUGCACUGACACCACAACAAGUACGGGAAGUCUGCAUUUCCAGGGACUUUCUCCCAGGUGGUAGAAGAGACUACAUGGUUCAGAUACAAUUGAGAUUUUGCCUUGCGGAGACCAGUUGCCCACAAGAAGACAAUUACCCAAACAGCCUGUGCAUUAAAGUGAAUGGCAAGCUUUUCCCUCUUCCGGGUUAUGCACCGCCUCCUAAGAAUGGAGUAGAACAGAAGAGACCGGGGAGACCUCUGAAUAUUACUUCUUUAGUUAGAUUAUCCUCAGCUGUACCCAAUCAGAUUUCAGUUACAUGGGCACCUGAAGUUGGAAAGACGUACUCUGUGUCCGUGUUCCUGGUCAGACAGCUCACAUCUUCAUUGUUACUGCAGCGGUUAAAAAUGAAGGGCAUCCGGAAUCCUGACCAUUCGAGAGCGCUAAUCAAAGAAAAACUGACUGCGGAUCCGGACAGCGAGAUUGCAACGACUAGUUUGAGAGUAUCUCUCAUGUGCCCACUGGGGAAGAUGCGGCUGACCGUGCCCUGUCGAGCGGUUACGUGUUCGCACUUGCAGUGUUUCGACGCAGCUCUCUACCUUCAGAUGAAUGAGAAGAAGCCCACCUGGAUUUGUCCUGUCUGCGACAAGAAAGCUGCCUACCAGAGUCUGAUCAUUGAUGGACUUUUCAUGGAGAUUUUGAAUGACAGUUCAGACGUGGAUGAAAUCAAGUUCCAGGAAAAUGGAACUUGGUGUCCAAUGAGGCCAAAGAAGGAAUCGCUAGAAGUGUCAUCCCAGCUUUGCACAAAAUUAGAAAGCCCUGCCAUUGUGCAGCCCUGCAUGGUGGUGCCCCCCAGCGAACCCCGCGGCACGAAAAAAGCAGAUGUCAUCGACCUCACGCUCUCAAGCUCUGAGGAGGAAGAGGAGGAGGAAGUGGAGGAUCCUCCGCUAAAAAAGCGGUGUCUCUACAUGUCGAAGGCCGAGGAGGCGCACACGAAGGGAGUUCUGGCCUAUCAGCCGUCGACAUUGCGAAUGCCCAACAUCCAAGCUUUGGAGACAUCGUACUUGGCUUCUUCACUUGCAGACUAUGCAGUUCCAUUCCAUCACUCUGCUUUGUCCACUAUUUCUGCGGACAUGCCAGGUCUAGAUUUGUUCUCACUGAUUCAAGGAGAUGCUCAGCAUUACCGCACGCCGAUGUUCCUGGACAGCAUGCCCAGCGGCCUGCCCAUCCCCACCUCCAGCUCUGGCCUGCUGUCCUCCUCCAGCCUGUAUGAGAGCAGUGCUCACGGCAGCGGCUCAAGCCACACAGAGACGGGCGUCAUCACCGGAGCGGCCAGCAUCUCCGACAUCAUCUCCCUGGACUGAGCCGAGACUCGGAAUCUCCCGUUCCACGACUCGGUGUCAAAUACUGCCAUUUGUAAUGGACUGUCCCUUUUUUUAAUUUUUAUUUUCCUUUUUUAAUCUUUGAAGUUGGCAAAAUGUGAUUGUUUAACUGUAAUUUAGAAUACUACGUAUUGCCUCUUUUGGAUCGAUGAACUUUCAAGACUUUUUGUUUGAAGGAAGAGUGAUUGAUGCGUUGAACAUGAAUGAUCGUUUUGGUUUGCCGGCUGAAUCACAGGAAAAGCAAAAGCAAUACAAAGGGUACUCAACUUUGGAGGCAGCUCAACUUUGGAAUAAUUAAUACCAUGUUAAUGGUAAUGUUGUAAAACUUCUGGCUGCUGUUUCAUCUGACUGGAUAGCAAUAAAAUGUUUUCUGUAUAAAACAA